AUGUCUCAGAAGUCCGCUAUCAUCUCCGUCUAUGACAAGACUGGACUGCUCGACCUGGCCAAGGGCCUGGUCCAGCAGAAGGUCCGUCUUCUUGCCUCUGGCGGUACCGCCAAGAUGAUCCGUGAGGCCGGCUUCCCUGUCGAGGACGUCUCUGCCAUCACCCACGCCCCCGAGAUGCUAGGUGGCCGCGUCAAGACCCUCCACCCCGCCGUCCACGGCGGUAUCCUCGCCCGUGACAUCGAAUCCGAUGAGAAGGACCUUGCUGAGCAGAACAUCUCCAAGGUAGACUUCGUCGUUUGCAACCUGUACCCCUUCAAGGAGACCGUCGCCAAGGUCAACGUCACCAUCGAUGAGGCUGUCGAAGAGGUUGAUAUUGGCGGUGUCACUCUGCUGCGUGCCGCGGCCAAGAACCACAAGCGUGUCACCAUUCUGUCCGAUCCCAACGACUACCCUGAGUUCCUCAAGGAGCUUGAGGCUGGUGAGAUCACCGAGCCCAGCCGCAAGCUGUAUGCCCUCAAGGCCUUCGAGCAGACUGCCGACUACGACUCGGCCAUCUCAGGCUUCUUCCGCAAGGAGUACGCCGGCAACGGUGUUUCGCAGCUCUCCCUCCGCUACGGCACCAACCCCCACCAGAAGCCCGCCUCCGCCUUCAUGCCCCAAGGCAAGCUGCCUUUCAAGGUCCUGAACGGCUCACCUGGCUACGUUAACCUGCUCGAUGCUCUCAACGCCUGGCCCUUGGUCAAGGAGCUCAAGCAGGCUCUUGGCUUCCCCGCCGCUGCCAGCUUCAAGCACGUCUCUCCCGCCGGUGCUGCAAUUGGUGUUCCUCUGAACGAGAAGGAGCGCAAGGUCUACAUGGUUGAUGACAUCAAGGACAUUGAGUCCUCCGGUCUUGCUCAGGCCUAUGCCCGUGCCCGCGGUGCUGACCGCAUGUCCAGCUUCGGUGAUAUUCUCGCCCUGAGCGACAUCGUCGAUACCCCCACUGCCAAGAUCAUCUCUCGUGAGGUCUCCGACGGUGUCAUCGCUGCCGGAUAUGAGCCCGAGGCUCUCGCUAUCCUGUCCAAGAAGAAGGGCGGCAAGUACCUUGUUCUGCAGAUGGAUGAGGACUACACUCCCGCUCCUGAGGAGAACCGCACUCUGUACGGUGUGCAGCUCACUCAGCACCGCAACGAUGUUGUCAUCUCCCCCAGCAAGACCUUUGGCAACAUCAUCACCCCUAAGGGCUCCGCUGCCCUUCCCGAGGCUGCUCUGCGUGACCUGACUGUGGCUACUAUCGCCCUGAAGUACACUCAGUCCAACUCGGUCUGCUACGCCCUGAACGGUCAAAUCGUCGGUCUGGGUGCUGGCCAGCAAAGCCGUAUCCACUGCACCCGUCUGGCCGGUGACAAGGCCGACAACUGGUGGAUGCGCUUCCACGACCGUGUCAUCAACAUCAAGUGGAAGCAGGGUACCAAGCGUGCCGACAAGAGCAACGCCAUCGACCUGCUCUGCUCUGGCCAGACCCCCCCGCAGCGAGGCCGAGACCGUCGAGAGGAGCGCGAGGCCUGGCUCCAGAAGCUCAGUGAGGUUGCUGUUUCGUCUGAUGCUUUCUUCCCCUUCAUCGACAACGUCUUCCGCGCUGCCCGCUCUGGUGUUAAGUACAUUGCUGCCCCUACUGGUAGCCAAAACGAUACCCCUGUCUUCGAGACUGCUGAGAAGCUUGGCAUCACUUUCGUGGAACAGGGUGUCCGCCUUUUCCACCACUAA